CAGUCAAAGGCAUACCUCACAAAAGAUGGCGGGUCCGUUCUUCCAAUUUGUGCUUGUGACACGUUCAACUCCACUCUGAAUAUAAAUAAUGUUACAGAAGACGGGGAAAUCACCUCAUCGAAGACGUUGAAGGUUUGAAUACAGCAUGGCAUUGAGAACAGCUUUAUCGCGUCUGCUGGUGAACUCACAGAGAUGUUCUCUGAUCUCUGUGUCAAGGGCCCAGGGCACUUCGGCCCCAGCAGCAUACGAGGAGCAAGUGAAAAAAACAGCAAAAACACCUAAGGUGCAGUUUAACUGGUGUGAUGCGCUGGAUCUGGAAGGACAGCUCACAGAGGAGGAAAUCAUGAUCAGAGACAGUUUCUGCACAUACUGCCAAGAGAAGCUCAUGCCCCGCAUCCUCAUGGCCAACAGGAAUGAACAUUUCCAUCGGGAGAUUUUAAACGAAAUGGGAGAGCUUGGUGUCCUCGGGCCUACGAUUCAAGGAUAUGGCUGUGCGGGCACUAGUUACGUGGCAUACGGUCUGAUCGCCAGGGAGGUGGAGAGAGUGGACAGUGGCUACCGUUCAGUUAUGAGUGUCCAGUCCUCACUGGUCAUGCACCCUAUCAACGCAUAUGGAACAGAAGCACAGAAGCAGAAAUACCUGCCUAAACUGGCUCGUGGAGAGAUUCUGGGCUGUUUUGGACUUACAGAACCAAACCAUGGGAGUGAUCCUGGUGGCAUGGAGACCAAAGCCAAAUACAACCCCUCCAGCAGGACAUACACCAUCAGUGGGGCAAAAACAUGGAUCACCAACUCCCCAUACGCUGAUAUCUGUGUGGUGUGGGCCAAGUGUGAGGAUGGCAGGGUGAGAGGGUUUGUCCUGGAGAGAGGAAUGGAGGGCCUGAGCACCCCUAAGAUAGAGGGCAAGUUCUCCCUCAGGGCCUCAGCCACCGGGAUGAUCCUAAUGGACGAGGUUGAAGUGCCAGAGGAAAACCUGCUGCCCCAUGUGUCUGGCCUUGCUGGUCCCUUUGGCUGCCUGAACAAUGCCCGUUACGGCAUUGCGUGGGGCGCUCUGGGUGCUGCAGAAUUUUGUUUCCAUGCUGCCCGCCAGUACACCCUGGACAGAAUCCAGUUCGGAGUCCCUCUGGCCAGAAACCAGCUGAUACAGAAGAAGAUGGCAGACAUGCUGACAGAGAUUACAAUCGGCCUGCAGUCCUGUUUACAGCUGGGCAGACUCAUCGACCAAAAGAAACACACACCAGAGAUGAUCUCCAUGCUGAAACGGAACUCAUGUGGAAAAGCCCUGGACAUCGCCAGGCAGGCCAGAGACAUGCUGGGAGGAAACGGCAUAGCAGACGAAUACCACAUCAUACGCCAUGUCAUGAACCUAGAGGCCGUCAACACAUAUGAAGGCACUCAUGACAUCCAUGCUUUGAUCUUGGGCAGAGCCAUCACUGGACUCCAGUCUUUUACUGUUGGAAAAUAAACCCAUAUUUCUCUCUGAACAUGGGUAUGAUGGAUCUCUUUCUGCAGUAAGGGAAAUUCUAGCUCAACAUCCAUAUAUAAGUGCCUCUGUGUGCUCUCAAAUCUUCCAUUUAGUAAUGGGUCCAAACUCACUAAAAUCUGCAUUUACAAAUCCUUAACGGAUCUUCUUUCUGGGGUACUGGAUUGACAUGCAUUAAUUUGUUAAGUUACAAAAGACAGUUGCAUUAUAAAAUUGUUAAUGGUCUUAAAGUAUUGGAUCCAGAUUAUUCAUUGUACAGUGAUCAUGACAACUAAUGAUGAAAGAUCUUUCAUAGCAGUUUCAAAAUACUGUCGAAAACAGGGUUUUUUUUGUCAAAGAAGCCAGACAUCCUGCUUGCACUUUAGACAGAUCCUCUGGUCAUUAUCAGUGACUUGUACAUUUUGUUGUAUUUAUUGAAAUAAGGAAAUAAGUUGAAUAUCACUAUCUUGUGAUUCUGUGCAUUCAUUCUGAAUAAAAUCUAAUUUUUGUUUUUGA